AUGAAGAACGACUCUAAUGACUAUGUCUCUACGGUUUCUAAUCAUUCUACGAAACCCAGAAGCCGUCAAGUGAGUUCCCGGUUCAUGUCUCCUUCUCCAAGCUCAAACUCAACCGGUCCACCAGAACCCGGUUCUUCAUGCCUUUCACCGGUUAGCCGCAAACCCGGGUCACGGCGCGGUCAACAUUCCGGCACUCUCGCUGAUCAAAUCGGCAACGAUAGGCUGAGAGACAGGGAAGAUAAACUUGAUGGUCAGAAUCAGAAACCAACGAAGACAACAACAACGGCAACAUCAACAACAAGCUCUGUUUUUUCUCCUCUCAGAAAACAGAGGAGUUGCAGGGAGGUCAACAGUUUCGAGAACAAUAAAAUCUCCAAAGAAAACGAUCGACCCGUUAUUGGUAGGUCCACGAGGUUCAGUUUUCCGGGAAAAGCUUCUUCUUCGUCUUUGUCUUCUCGUAGAAAUCUAGAUUGUUCUACGAAUUCAGUUGAUUCAGAAUUGGACUAUGCGAGUCUCAAUUCUCUUCCAAGAACACGAAGCUCGAAAAAAUCGGGGAGGGAGGUUUCAUCCAAGUACAUAGCAACAAGUGCUCGAAGGGGAACUUCGGAUUUGAAUUUUUCGAACCCUUUGUCUUUGGAUGAUUCACGGAUCAAGAAGACUAGUUCGCUUACUGGGUAUUUGAGUUCAAAGUCUCAGUGGAGUUUGUCACCUGGGAGAUCAAGUUCACUAUCCAUGUCUAUGGAAAGGAAAGAGAAACCCUUGUCCUUUUCGAGCUUGAGGCCUCCACACAAGAGCGUGGAGAAGAUUCUGAACAUGGGCUUUGAUCUCUUCAGGACUAAGAAAUCUCCAACGAGUUCCUCUUCCAUGGGGUUUGCUAACACUGAAGCUUUUCAUAAGCUGCGUCUGCUUCAUAACCAGUUCAUCCAAUGGCGAUUUGCAAAUGCUAGAGCGCAUGCUGUGAAUCACAAUAUAUCUCUUCAAGCAGAGAGCAAUUUGAUAUAUGCUUUGGAUGGUCUCACAAAGUUGCAACAUUCGGUGUUGAAAAAGAAGAUACAGCUUGAGAGAGAAAAGCUUGAGAUGAAGCUAAAUUUUGUGUUGCAUUCUCAAAUGAAGCUAUUGGAAACAUGGGGAAUUAUGGAAAGGCAACACCUAGCUGCAAUUACCUCAAUGAAGGAGUGUUUGUAUUCUGUUGUAUGCAAAGUUCCCCUUUUGGAAGGUGCAAAGGUGGACAUACAAUUAGCCUCCAUUGCUCAGCGGCACGCAUUUGAUAUCACAUCUUCCAUUAAGUUAGUGUUAUCUAGCUUUUCACCUUCGGCUGACAAGACUGCCGAGUUACUAUCAGAAUUAGCAAAAGUUGUUGCACAAGAGAAGUUGCUCUUGGAGGAAUUCAAUGAUCUUUUCAGGAGCAUUUGUGUCCUUGAGCUUAAAGAAAGAAGCCUGAAGUGCAGUCUCAUUCAACUUAAAUGA